AUGGACGUGUCCACAGUUGUCUGGGACCAGUCCCAACAAAAGAUAGUCUCAGUCAAGUCGGCCAAACUUGAGACGGGCUCCAAUCGAACGGGUCUGUUGGAGGAGAGAUACAAGUUCCACGAUGAUGGCGAUUACCCAGUUGUUCCCUCUCUGCAUAGUGUAUGCUCGAAUGCUUUAGGAAAUCAGAUAAGCUUGGAGUCGCUUUUCUGCUUUUCCUUGGCCAUGAUACCCUCCCUGGAUGUGGAACUGGAAGGAAAUAUCUUUGCGUUUUCCAAUAGAGGCACUGCAGCUCCUCGAGAGGAACACUUGCAGGGCUCAGAAAACCGAGGAGGACGAAUACUAUGA